AUGAAUACGGUAUUGGAAAAUCAGCGUAGCAUACAUGAAGAGCGUGAACGUUUAAUAGAUGCAAUGUCGAAAGAGAUGUGUUUUAAACCUAAAACGCACAAAGAAGGCGUAAAUUCGGAAUUUCGUCUACGAACCAUGUUUGACCGAUAUAUGGACAUUACAAAAGCACUUAAGGAACUUUACGAGGACAAAGACGGUCUUAGAAAGCAGGACAUUCAAUCACUUUCUGGUCCGAAUGAGUUUAAUGAGUUCUAUUCGCGUCUGAAGGCGUUGAAGGAUUUUCAUCGUUCACAUCCGGAUGAAUUAAGCAUUCCUAUGUCGGUUGAAUUCGAGCGUUUUAAGGAGAUGCGUGAGAAUCCUGAAGAGUCAGCCGCAACAAUGAUCGAAUUCACAGAUGAAGAGGGUUACGGACGCUUCCUUGACCUUCACGAACUAUAUGAAAUUUUCAUUAAUAUAAAAGGCAUUCCAAAGGUGGACUAUCUGACGUACCUUCAGACCUACGAUAAGUUGUAUGAGAUCCUUCGUGAGCGUAAAACUGCCUCAGGUGCCUACCGUCACUACCUGGAGCGCCUCAUUUCUUAUCUGGAAGGCUAUUUGUCGCGUGCAAAGCCGAUGCUGGACCUUGCUGAGGUCUCCGCCUCUGCUCUUGCUCGCUUCGAGCGCGAGUGGGCGGAGGACGUCUUCCCGGGUUGGGGCAGCAGUGGGAGCGGUAGUGGUGGAACUGCUGCACCCGCUCUCUCUCGCGCUGGCGCGCACCUUGACCUUACGCCCUUCCGACAGGCCGAGGAGCUCGCUUCCCUUGGUCUGGAUCGCCUUAAAUCAGCCCUCCUCGCGCUCGGUCUUAAAUGCGGUGGCACGUUAGAGGAGCGUGCCCAGCGUCUCUGGGCCACCAAAGGGCGCGCUCUCGAAGACCUCCCACCCGAAUUCUUCCCUUCUGCCAAAGCCGCUACCCGUUCCAGGAAUCAUCGUGGUGGUAUUAAUGCUGCUGCACCUGAGGACUUAGAACGCGUGCGUGAGAUAGCUAUGCUAGAGGCGUGCGUCUACCAGUUGGCGGAGAUUUUGAACGAGCAUAGGGCUGCGACCGUUGAGAACGUUCAGCGGCGACAGGCACGAACUUUGGCGGAGAGAGAGGAGGAGGAGGACAGUGACGCUGAGAACGAGGUGGGCGGUGGUGUUGGUGCCAAUGGCGACAGAGGCAAGGAUGCCGAGGGUGGUCCAGAUGUAGAAGACGAUGACAUCCCUUAUAACCCCAAAAACCUUCCACUUGGCUGGGAUGGAAAACCAAUCCCCUACUGGUUGUACAAGUUGCACGGCCUAAACAUGUACUACUCAUGUGAGAUUUGCGGCAAUCAGACGUACCGAGGACCGAAAGCGUUCCAGCGCCACUUUUCCGAGUGGCGCCAUGCACACGGCAUGCGCUGCCUCGGCAUUCCUAACACAGCACACUUCGCGCAUGUCACGAAGAUUGAGGAGGCUCUGGCCCUCUGGCAGCGCAUUCGCACCACCAAGGAGGCGGAGCGCUGGCGGCCCGAUGUGGAGGAGGAGAUGGAGGACCACGCCGGCAACGUUGUCUCGCGCAAAACCUACGAGGACCUCAAGCGGCAAGGCCUCCUUUGA